CCGCCGGACCCGCCGCUCCCCGGGCGGGCGCGGCGGGACAUGGCGGCGCACAAGCCCGUGGAGUGGGUGCAGGCCGUGGUGAACCGCUUCGACGAGCAGCUUCCAAUCAAGGUUUGCCAGCAGAAUACCCACACCAAAGUCAGUACGGAGCACAACAAGGAAUGUCUCAUCAACAUUUCCAAGUACAAGUUUUCCCUGGUCAUCAGUGGUCUCACUACUAUCUUAAAAAAUGUUAAUAACAUGAGAAUAUUUGGAGAAACUGCUGAAAAGAAUUUGUAUCUAUCUCAGCUGAUUAUCUUGGAUACACUGGAAAAAUGUCUGGCAGGGCAACCAAAGGACACCAUGAGGCUGGACGAGACGAUGCUGGUGAAGCAGCUGCUGCCCGAGAUCUGCCACUUCAUCCACACGUACCGCGAGGGCAACCAGCACGCGGCCGAGCUGCGCAGCUCCGCCUCGGGGGUGCUCUUCUCCCUCAGCUGCAACAACUUCAACGCCGUCUUCAGCCGCAUCUCCACCAGGUUGCAGGAACUGACUGUUUGCUCAGAAGAUAAUGCUGAUGUUCACGAUAUUGAGCUUUUACAGUACAUCAGUGUGGAUUGUUCCAAACUCAAGCGACUCUUGCAAGAGACUGUAUUCAAGUUUAAAGCCCUUAAGAAAGUAGCUCAGUUAGCUGUUAUCAACAGUCUGGAAAAGGCAUUUUGGAACUGGGUGGAAAACUAUCCUGAUGAAUUCACAAAGCUGUACCAAACACCCCAGACUGACAUGGCUGAUUGUGCUGAGAAGUUGUUUGACUUGGUGGAUGGCUUUGCUGAAAGCACGAAGCGUAAAGCAGCAGUGUGGCCACUGCAGAUCAUCCUCCUGGUCCUGUGUCCAGAGAUAAUCCAAGAUAUAGCAAAGGACGUGGUAGAGGAGACUAAAAUGAACAAGAAGCUGUUCCUGGACAAUCUCAGGAAGGCCCUUGCAGGCCACAGUGGGAGCAGGCAGCUGACUGAAAGUGCUGCUAUUGCUUGUGUUAAACUGUGCAAAGCAUCUACCUACAUCAACUGGGAAGAUAAUUCUGUCAUUUUCCUGCUGGUGCAGUCCAUGGUACUAGAUCUUAAGAACCUGCUGUUUAACCCAAGCAAACCUUUCUCAAGAGGCAAUCAGAAUGCAGAUGUAGACCUGAUGAUUGACUGCUUGGUUUCCUGCUUCCGCAUAAAUCCUCACAACAACCAACACUUUAAGAUCUGCUUGGCACAGAAUUCCCCAUCAACAUUUCAUUAUGUGCUGGUAAAUUCGCUCCACCGAAUUAUCACAAAUUCGGCGCUGGACUGGUGGCCCCGGAUCGACGCCGUGUAUUGCCACUCGGUGGAGCUGCGCAGCAUGUUCAGCGAGACCCUGCACAAGGCCAUCCAGGGCUGCGGGGCCCACCCCGCCAUCCGCAUGACCCCGAGUCUUACAUUUAAGGAGAAAAUGACAAGCCUUAAAUUUAAAGAAAAACCUACUGAUUUGGAAACCAGAAGCUACAAGUUCCUGCUGUUGUCCUUGGUAAAACUGAUCCAUGCAGAUCCAAAGCUCUUGCUGUGUAAUCCCAGGAAGCAGGGCCCUGAGACCCAGGGGAGCACGGCAGAGCUGAUCACAGGCCUUGUCCAGCUGGUGCCACAGUCCAGCAUGCCAGACAUAGCCCAGGAGGCCAUGGAGGCCUUGCUGGUUCUGCACCAGCUGGACAGCAUUGACUUGUGGAAUCCUGAUGCUCCUAUAGAAACAUUCUGGGAAAUCAGUUCACAAAUGCUUUUUUAUAUCUGCAAGAAGCUCACGAGCCAUCAGAUGCUGAGCAGCACGGAAAUCCUCAAGUGGCUGCGAGAGAUUCUCAUCUGUAGGAAUAAAUUUCUUCUAAAAAACAAACAGUCAGAUAGGAGUUCCUGCCACUUCCUCUUCCUUUAUGAUGUCUCUGGAAGUGGAACUAGCCAAAUUUCUCUUGACCAUGAAGAAAANUGUGCACCAGGAGCUACCCUCAGGAAGGGGAAAGGGAAUUCUUCCAUGGAAAGCACGGCGGGAUGCAGCGGAACACCCAUCUGUCGCCAAGCCCAAACCAAACUGGAAGUGGCCUUAUACAUGUUCCUGUGGAGCCCAGAUAUCGAGGCAGUGCUGGUGGCCAUGUCCUGCUUCCGGCACCUCUGCGAGGAGGCCGACAUCAGGUGUGGGGUGGAUGAAGUCUCCGUGCACAAUUUCCUGCCCAACUACAACACUUUCAUGGAGUUUGCGUCUGUCAGCAACAUGAUGUCAACAGGGAGAGCAGCUCUUCAGAAGAGAGUGAUGGCGUUACUGAGGCGCAUCGAGCACCCAACUGCAGGCAACACAGAGGCCUGGGAGGAUACACAUGCAAAGUGGGAACAAGCUACAAAACUAAUCCUCAACUAUCCAAAGACCAAAAUGGAAGAUGGGCAGGUCACGGAGAGUCUGCACAAGACGAUUGUGAAGAGGCGCAUGUCCCACGUCAGCGGGGGCGGCUCCAUCGACCUGUCGGACACGGACUCGCUGCAGGAGUGGAUCAACAUGACAGGGUUCCUGUGUGCCCUGGGGGGGGUGUGCCUGCAGCACCGCAGCAACACCGGGCUGGCCACCUACAGCCCCCCCAUGGGCCCCAUCAGCGAGCGCAAGGGCUCCAUGAUCUCCAUGGUGUCCACCGAGGGCAGCGUCGAGACCCCCGUCAGCAAGUUCAUCGACCGGCUCCUGACCCUCAUGGUCUGCAACCACGAGAAGGUGGGGCUGCAGAUCCGCACCAACAUCAAAGAUCUGGUGGGCUUGGAGCUGAGCCCAGCACUCUAUCCAAUGCUCUUCAACAAGCUGAAGAAUACCAUCAGCAAGUUCUUUGACUCUCAAGGGCAGGUUUUGCUAACUGACACCAACACACAAUUUGUAGAGCAGACCAUUGCUAUAAUGAAGAAUUUGCUCGACAAUCACACAGAAGGGAGCUCAGAACAUCUUGGACAAGCGAGUAUUGAGACAAUGAUGCUAAAUCUGGUUAGGUAUGUGCGUGUGCUUGGAAAUUUGGUGCAUGCCAUUCAAAUAAAAACGAAGCUCUGUCAGUUGGUAGAAGUAAUGAUGGAAAGGAGAGAUGACCUUUCAUUUUGUCAAGAAAUGAAAUUUAGGAACAAAAUGGUGGAAUAUUUGACAGACUGGGUUAUGGGAACAUCUAAUCAAGCAACAGAUGAGGAUGUGAAAUGCUUGACAAGAGAUUUGGACCAGGCGAGUAUGGAGGCAGUGGUUUCUCUUCUUGCUGGGCUUCCACUCCAGCCUGAGGAAGGAGAUGGUGUUGAGUUGAUGGAAGCAAAAUCUCAAUUAUUUCUUAAGUACUUCACGCUGUUCAUGAACCUGCUGAACGACUGCAGCGAGGUGGAGGACGAGGGGGCGCAGGCGGGCGGGCGCAAGCGCGGGAUGUCGCGCAGGCUGGCCUCGCUGCGGCACUGCACCGUGCUGGCCAUGUCCAACCUGCUCAACGCCAACGUCGACAGCGGCCUCAUGCACUCCAUAGGCUUGGGCUAUCAUAAAGACCUCCAAACAAGAGCCACGUUUAUGGAAGUCCUCACCAAAAUUCUGCAGCAGGGGACAGAAUUUGAUACGUUAGCAGAGACAGUGCUAGCGGAUCGGUUUGAGAGAUUGGUGGAGUUGGUUACAAUGAUGGGUGAUCAGGGGGAGCUUCCUAUUGCUAUGGCUUUAGCCAAUGUGGUGCCUUGUUCUCAGUGGGACGAGCUGGCUCGUGUCCUGGUCACACUCUUUGAUUCCCGGCACUUGCUCUACCAGCUCCUCUGGAAUAUGUUCUCAAAGGAGGUUGAACUGGCAGAUUCCAUGCAGACACUCUUCCGAGGAAACAGCUUAGCCAGUAAAAUAAUGACUUUCUGUUUUAAGGUAUAUGGUGCUACGUACUUGCAGAAGCUUUUGGAACCUUUAUUGAGGACUGUGAUCACAUCUCCUGAGUGGCAGCAUGUUAGCUUUGAGGUGGAUCCAACAAGGCUGGAGCCCACAGAGAGCCUGGAGGAGAACCAGCGGAGCCUCUUGCAAAUGACAGACAAGUUUUUUCAGGCAAUCAUUAAUUCUUCCUCGGAGUUCCCACCCCAGCUGCGCAGUGUGUGCCAUUGUUUAUACCAGGCAACUUGCCACUCUCUACUGAAUAAAGCUACCGUAAAAGAAAAAAAGGAAAACAAAAAAUCAGUGGUGAGCCAGCGCUUCCCUCAGAACAGCAUCAGCGCCGUGGGCAGCGCCAUGUUCCUGCGCUUCAUCAACCCCACCAUCGUGUCCCCGUACGAGGCCGGCAUCCUGGACAAGAAGCCCCCGCCCAGGAUCGAGAGGGGCCUGAAGCUCAUGUCAAAGAUACUUCAGAGUAUUGCCAACCACGUCCUGUUUACAAAAGAAGAGCAUAUGCGGCCUUUUAAUGAUUUUGUGAAAAGCAACUUUGAUGCAGCACGAAGGUUUUUCCUUGACAUUGCGUCCGACUGCCCAGCGAGUGACACCGUCAACCACAGCCUGUCCUUCAUCAGCGACGGCAACGUCCUGGCCCUGCACCGCCUGCUGUGGAACAACCAGGAGAAGAUCGGCCAGUACCUCUCCAGCAACAGGGACCACAAGGCUGUUGGACGACGACCUUUUGACAAGAUGGCCACUCUUCUUGCCUACCUGGGGCCUCCUGAGCACAAACCUGUGGCAGAUACACAUUGGUCCAGUUUAAAUCUCACCAGUUCCAAAUUUGAAGAGUUUAUGACGAGGCAUCAGGUACAUGAAAAGGAGGAGUUCAAAGCACUGAAAACGUUAAAUAUUUUCUACCAAGCUGGGACAUCCAAAGUUGGCAAUCCUGUUUUCUACUACAUCGCUCGGCGGUUCAAGACUGGCCAGAUCAAUGGUGAUCUGCUCAUCUACCACGUGCUGCUGACCCUGAAGCCAUACUAUGCAAAGCCAUAUGAAAUCGUGGUGGACCUCACCCACGCUGGCCCCAGUAAUCGCUUUAAAACAGACUUUCUUUCUAAAUGGUUUGUAGUUUUUCCAGGCUUUGCUUAUGAAAAUGUCGCAGCAGUUUUUAUUUAUAACUGUAACUCUUGGGUCAGAGAAUACACCAAAUACCAUGAAAGACUCUUGACAGGUUUGAAAGGAAGCAAAAGGCUUGUUUUCAUAGACUCUCCAGGGAAGCUGGCAGAGCACAUCGAACACGACCAGCAGAAGCUCCCAGCAGCUACCUUGGCUUUGGAGGAGGACUUGAAAGUGUUUCACAAUGCUCUCAAACUGGCUCAUAAAGACACCAAAGUUUCUAUUAAAGUUGGGUCGACAGCUGUGCAGGUGACAUCGGCAGAGCGAACACGAGUCCUGGGCCAGACAGUGUUUUUGAAUGACAUCUACUACGCCUCUGAGAUUGAGGAAAUCUGUCUUGUUGAUGAGAACCAGUUCACCCUGACCAUUGCCAACCAAGGCACACCACUCACCUUCAUGCACCAGGAGUGUGAAGCCAUCGUGAGGUCCAUCAUCCACAUCCGGACGCGGUGGGAGCUGUCCCAGCCGGACUCCAUCCCUCAGCACACCAAAAUCCGUCCCAAGGAUGUCCCUGGAACGCUGCUGAACAUAGCACUGCUCAACCUGGGGAGCUCAGACCCCAGUCUGAGGUCUGCUGCCUAUAAUCUCCUAUGUGCCUUAACCUGUACCUUUAAUUUAAAGAUUGAGGGCCAGUUACUGGAAACUUCAGGUCUGUGUAUUCCUGCCAACAACACACUAUUUAUUGUAUCUAUCAGUAAGACUCUUGCAGCAAACGAGCCACACCUCACCUUGGAGUUCUUGGAGGAGUGUAUUUCGGGAUUUAGCAAAUCCAGCAUUGAGCUGAAACACCUCUGUCUGGAGUACAUGACUCCCUGGCUGUCCAACCUGGUCAGGUUCUGCAAGCACAACGACGAUGCCAAGCGCCAGCGAGUCACUGCUAUUCUGGAUAAGCUCAUCACAAUGACAAUAAAUGAGAAACAGAUGUAUCCUUCCAUUCAAGCUAAGAUAUGGGGAAGUCUUGGACAGAUAACAGAUCUCCUGGAUGUGGUGCUGGACAGUUUCAUCAAAACCAGUGCCACGGGGGGCUUGGGCUCCAUCAAAGCUGAGGUGAUGGCAGACACGGCUGUGGCACUGGCUUCUGGCAACGUCAAACUCGUGUCAAGCAAAGUGAUUGGGAGGAUGUGUAAAAUCAUCGACAAGACUUGUCUGUCCCCCACUCCCACGCUGGAGCAGCACCUGAUGUGGGAUGACAUUGCUAUCCUGGCCCGCUACAUGCUCAUGCUGUCCUUCAACAACUCCCUGGAUGUGGCUGCACACCUCCCCUACCUCUUCCACGUGGUCACUCUGCUGGUGGCCACGGGCCCCCUUUCCCUCAGAGCUUCCACUCAUGGUCUCGUCAUCAACAUCAUUCACUCUCUGUGCACUUGUUCACAGCUUCACUUCAGUGAGGAGACCAAGCAAGUUUUAAGGCUGAGCUUGACUGAGUUCUCUCUGCCCAAGUUUUAUUUGCUGUUUGGGAUCAGCAAGGUGAAGUCGGCCGCGGUCAUCGCGUUCCGCUCCAGCUACCGCGACAGGUCCUUCUCGCCCGGCUCCUACGAGAGGGAGACCUUCGCUCUGACCUCGCUGGAGACCGUCACCGAGGCCUUGCUGGAGAUCAUGGAGGCCUGUAUGAGGGAUAUUCCAACGUGCAAGUGGCUGGACCAGUGGACUGAACUAGCUCAAAAGUUUGCAUUCCAGUAUAACCCCUCCCUGCAGCCAAGAGCACUGGUUGUUUUUGGCUGUAUAAGUAAACGUGUGUCUCAUGGACAAAUAAAACAAAUCAUCCGAAUUCUCAGCAAGGGACUUGAGAGCUGUUUAAAAGGCCCUGAUAAUUACAAUAGCCAAGUUCUAAUAGAAGCCACAGUUAUAGCCCUCACCAAGCUGCAGCCUCUUCUUAACAAGGACUCUCCUAUGCACAAGGCUCUCUUCUGGGUGGCCAUGGCAGUGCUGCAGCUGGAUGAGGUGAACCUGUACUCGGCAGGAACAGCACUGCUGGAGCAGAACCUGCACACCCUGGACAGCCUGCGGGUGUUCAAUGACAAGAGCCCAGAAGAGGUGUUCAUGGAGAUCAGGAGACCACUUGAAUGGCACUGCAAGCAAAUGGAUCAUUUUGUUGGGCUAAAUUUCAAUUCCAACUUUAACUUUGCACUAGUGGGACAUCUCCUGAAAGGGUACAGGCAUCCUUCUCCUACCACUGUAGCAAGGACAGUGAGGAUUUUGCACACACUCCUCGCUCUGGUUAACAAACACAGGAACUGUGACAAGUUCGAGGUGAACACCCAGAGCGUGGCUUACCUGGCAGCUCUGCUGACAGUGUCUGAGGAGGUUCGGAGCCGCUGCAGCCUAAAGCAUAGGAAGUCUCUCUUGUUGACAGACGUGUCAAUGGAAAAUGUUCCUAUGGAUACAUAUCCCAUACAUCACAGUGACACUAGCUAUAGGACACUAAAGGAGAACCAGCCCUGGUCAUCCCCCAAGGGGUCAGACAGACACCUGGCUGCCAACUACCCGACCGUGGGACAGAUCAGCCCCCGCACCCGGAAAUCCAUGAGCCUGGACAUGGGGCAGCCUUCACAAGCCAACACUAAAAAGCUUCUAGGUACAAGGAAAAGUUUUGACCAUUUGAUAUCGGACACAAAGGCUCCUAAAAGGCAAGACAUGGAAUCUGGAAUCACAACGCCUCCCAAAAUGAGGAGAGUAGCCGAAAAUGAUUAUGAAAUGGAAACCCAGAGAAUAUCACCACAGCAACACCCACAUCUCCGGAAAGUUUCCGUUUCCGAGUCAAACGUCCUCCUGGAUGAAGAGGUUCUGACUGACCCAAAAAUUCAAGCUCUGCUGCUUACAGUUCUUGCCACGCUGGUGAAGUACACCACGGACGAGUUCGACCAGCGCAUCCUCUACGAGUAUUUAGCAGAAGCCAGUGUUGUCUUCCCGAAGGUCUUUCCUGUUGUGCAUAAUUUAUUGGACUCCAAGAUCAAUACCCUUUUAUCGCUGUGCCAGGAUCCAAACUUGUUGAAUCCAAUCCAUGGGAUUGUGCAGAGUGUUGUCUACCACGAGGAAUCUCCACCCCAGUACCAAACAUCUUAUCUACAGAGUUUUGGAUUCAAUGGGCUGUGGAGGUUUGCUGGCCCCUUCUCCAAGCAAAACCAAAUCCCAGACUAUGCUGAGCUCAUAGUGAAGUUCCUGGAUGCCUUGAUUGACACGUACUUGCCUGGAAUUGAUGAGGAAGCCAGUGAGGAGUCCCUGCUGACCCCCACGUCUCCGUACCCCCCGGCCGUGCAGAGCCAGCUCAGCAUCACUGCCAACCUCAACCUCUCCAACUCCAUGACCUCACUGGCCACUUCCCAGCACUCCCCAGGGAUCGACAAGGAGAACGUGGAGCUCUCGCCCACCGCCGGCCACGCCAACAGCGGGAGGAUGCGCCACGGCUCCGCCAGCCAAGUGCAGAAGCAGCGAAGCGCCGGCAGCUUCAAGCGUCACAGCAUCAAAAAGAUCGUUGUUCCAGAACCGCGUGAGGAUCCCGAGGGACGGCGGAGCCGGGGGAGGUCUGGAGUCCUGUGACGCUGCAGAGCCGCGUCUUGUCCAAAUCCAAAGCCAUUUCCCGAAACAGCCCCGCUGUGCACCUGCUCUGGCCUGGGGUGUUCCUGCUCUAAAGGGAAGUGUUGAUCCUUAACCCUGUUUGCACACCUCAAGGUAGUGGCUUCCUGAGCCGGGGAAGUUUCUCUAAUCCUGGUUUUAAUCCAAACGUGUAAGAUUUUAGCUGUGGACUUUUUUUUACCAUACUGAAAAGAAACUCACGAUAGCCACAGUACAAUGAGCUUAACAGAAGUGGUGGAUUAGGUUAAAUUUCAGGUAAUUAGCAAUAAAUGGGAGAGGAAGAGGAGGCUGCAGGAGUCCCUCAUUCCCCAGAUUAAGCUUCACGCACUUGGACUGUACAUGGACCAGACUGGACAAACUGGCUUUUUUCCCCAAGCCUUUUUUUUUUUCUUUUUUUUCUGUACUUUACUGCCCUGGGGAAGGUGGUACAGGGGGAAAUCCCCAGAACUGACCCUCGGGCUGUUGUUGUAGCACUGCGGGAAGUUUCUCACCUCCUCCUUCCAUUUGACACAUUUCAGCGCUUUAGUUCUGCCCUUCCCGACAGAGCUCCUGGCAGAGCAGCCAGUGGGGAAUGGAGGGGCAGCGGGGUGGAUUCACUCCUGGCUCUGGGGGAUGGUGUGUGGCAAAGCUGCCCCUGUGCUGCCCAGGCAGGGACAGGAACAGCCACCUCUGCUCAAGGUACAUGAAUUUCAAUUAACUGACACUGGGUCGGUUCCGUGGCAGGGCCGGGGCUGCCCCUCUGCCCACGGGACCCCCCGGGGGGGGUUCGGGGUCCUGCAGGGGUUCCAAGAACUGAAGGUGCUGUCACUGGUCACUGCCAGGGCUCGAGUGACAGCGCUGGGGACCUGCUUCUGUGCUGGGGAGGGAGGAGGCAGGAGCUGGGGCAGGGGCUGUGUCCUUGGGGGCUCACACAGCUCCUGCUCAGGAGCAAUUCUGCUUCCCAGUUGCAGAUCCCUGUGCUGUGGUAGGAAUCAACAAUCUUUAAAGGAAAAGAAACUAUCCACUAGGUAAAAGCCAAUCCUCCAGUGCAAUCAUUAAUGGCUUUCAGUAAAUCAAACUCCACAGCUAAAUUAUUAGAGAAUGGUACAAUUAAGGGUUCCGAUUUUAUUGCUAUAGCACACAAUUCCCAUGUAUCCACACAGUAACAAUGUAACAUUUAUGUAAAUAAAAAUACCUUUAUUGUAUUGAUUCAUAAAAUAACAAUUUCUUUAAUUUGUUUACAGUCCUGGAAAAGCUAUGAACACAAACUUCAUAUGCAAAUAGUUUGCCAAAACAAGAGGAAAAUUUAGGAUUAGCAGUCUUGGAAUAAAUACAUUAGAAAAAUGAAGUGGUGCAAUUAACCCAAUCCCUUCUCGGGUGGUGCAGGUGCUGCGGCAGGAACGUGGUCACUGGGGACACGGAGCGGGGUGUGAGCGGGGCCUGAGGCUGAGCCUUGGGGUCCCCAGGUUAGAAACUGUUGUCAUCUCACACCUCAGAUUGUGAGGAACCAGCCCUGGUGUCGCUGUGGUUUGCACGGGGUUGUACCCAAUCGAGCAGGUUCCAGCCCUUCCCAUUUUGCUGAAGACAAGGAAUUGUAGAAGCCUGAGGAUUUGUAGGUAGGAGGAAAACAAGAAUCUCUUAUAAAGGUGAUUUGCUGUUUUCAGUUGUUUCUCCUAUGAGCAGGUUUCCUGUAAAGAGGAAUAGGAAUUCCAGAGGAACUGCCCAACCAGUUUUGCUUGGGCAGAGAGGAAGCCCUUCACUGUUCUGCAUUACCCACAUCAAAAGUGUCCCUCCUUCAGAACUGCUGCGUUCUCUGCAGCACAGAGGAUGUGAGAGCAGAGGGGACGGUGAUGAAAAUCACCUUCCCUGGGGAACUACUCCAGGCUCUCAGUCCCAGCUAAAAAUCUGGUCUCUUCACAAAGUCAGAGAACAAAAUUUAAUUUCCUCUUUCCUGGAAGGAGAGAGUUGGUUGGAGGUUCCCCUGUGUGAGGGGUUCAGUGAGAGGGCCUGGACUCUGGCCGAGCAGGGGUGUCAGGUAGUGGGGGUGGAAUUGGGGUGUGAGGACAGCUGAUGGCCAAGGUUUAAUUUGCAUCCUGUGUGCCCCAAUAUGCAGCAACGUUGUCUUGUACUGGUUGCUGGGAAGCUCGUGCUUGGCUCACAGGGAAGCACAGCCUUUGUGUAAUGAUUAAACUCCAAUCAGUAAUUAGUUGUCGAGUGCCUUACUGUCUCUCCAUCGCUCUCCUGCUCCCCCCAGCAGCCACUGCUGGGACUUUACCUCUUUUUCUUUCUCACAUCCUCCUUCCUUUGUUCUUUCCCUGUUUGAGCACUCUCCCUCCUGCCCCGUUCCAGCCCGGGCUGCUCGGGCUGUGCCGCCGGUGCCCAGCAGUUGCUGGUGCCACUGUGGGUCUGAGCCCUGUCCCGGCGUCCCCAGUGCCGGCCGCGCUCCGGGCAGCCCGCGGGCACCGGCACUGGCUGCAGCUCCAGUCCCUGCUGCAGGGCUGGAGCUGCAGCCCCGGAGUCCCUGUGCUUUGACAUGAAAACUUGAGAUUCAGAAAAAUCCCAACAGGAACACGUGGACCAUGUAACACCCUCGCGGGGACCGUGUGUGACACCCCUGGCUCAGAGCCUGUUCCCUGCCCCACACUGACCACAGCUCAGUACUGUAAAGACAAUUAACAUUCUGUUUGUGUUGAUAUUUUCCCUGACUUAAAGAUAACUCAGUAGUAUUUGAAUAGUGCAUAACCUACCUGUAAUGAUGCCGAUGUUUCUGCUUUACCGUGCAUGAGGUUCCCCAGACAGGGAACAUUUCACUAAGUCUCGUGGGCCGAGCCCCCGGCCUGUGCCAGGGCUCGCUCCGACCCGGGUUGUAGGUUUUAGGGCUUUUUCUGUUUCAUUCUAAGGUUAAUUUUUAUCAGUGUCAUGAAGCACGUCCUACUGUUAUGCAACAAACCACAGACAGUCACUCGGAGUGUUGGUCCCACCUUUUUUUUUUAUGCAGUAUAUUCACCUGUAAAUAAUUUUUGUGUAAAAUUUGACAGAAAAGUAUAUUUACUACACUGUAAAUACAUGUGACAAUAUAUUGUAUUAUUUUGCUUUUUUUGUAAAGCAGUUAGUUGCUGUAUAUGUAUAACAUAUAAAUUUGAUUAUUCUAGUGUUAGUAACUGUUAACUCCUCCUCCUCCCUGCUGGUUCUGUCAUUUAAACCAGAAGCUGUGUCGGACACACUCGCCCCGUGUGUGCUCUCACUGCACCCCCAGCUCGGGGGCUUCCUCCUCCCCAGUCCUGUCCGUGCUGCCCCAGCGCUGAGUGUGUGACCUGGCGAGAGCCCCCGGCCCGGGGGAGCUCUGGGUCACAGUGGUGGAACCCUGGUUUCAGAUAAUUAUUGUUCACCCCACUCUCCCCUCAUGUAUGUACUUUCCCUUUUUUUUUUGAAGUAAAAUGUAAAUUGAACCUGCU